CCUCUCAAUACAUUCACCAGUAGUAGACCUCCUUUUCGUUAUCUGUGAAACGGAAGAACCCACCGUAACGUUUUGGAUCGUAAAGGGACAACAGUGGGUGCCUUGUUUGCAAAAGUAUGGCUGUAACAACAGAUCACAUUCGUGACAAACUAAUCAAGGAGAUCGGAGCGAUGCAUGUGGAGGUCGAAGACACGUCCCCUAACCGAUGUGCUGCCAGCUUUAAAGUUCUAAUAGUGUCGACCCAGUUUGAGGGGAAACCACUGCUGGCGAGACACAGGAUGGUGAACACUUGCCUGGCAGAAGAGCUGAAAGAGAUCCACGCCUUUGAACAGAAGACGCUGACUCCAGAACAGUGGGAGAAACAGAAAGCACAGUGAUGAAGACACACACUUUGACUUCCAUAUUCAGUCACUUCACCAGUGGCGGCUCCUGAAAAAAUUCUCAGGAGGGGCAAUUUUUCUGAUGAUUUAGGUGACCUACACACAUUUUA